AAAACCAUUAUAAUUUACUACAACUGCGUUGGUUAAAGUAGAUCAAAACAUGUUAGGAGUGUUGUCCUUGAACUGAUUCUUCGCAUCUUCUCAAAUUUAUUGUAUGAAAGAUUUAAGAUAACCGUAAAUGGCUCAACGACAAGGAUGUUGCUCUUGCUUUGGGUAAGUAAGCUUCGCCAAGCUCCAAAGGGGCUAUUUUCUCGGUGUAUGAAAGCAGUUGUAAACAUCAACACAUGAGUCGAGUUGUCUUUUCUCUUCGCUUAGGAAAGUUACGAGGUCGAUGGCAAGAAUGUUGCGUCUCUCGAUAGGUUAGCAAAAGAAUCGAAGAAGAAAAAUGCAUUCAUUCGAUAAUUUCGUCGGGUUUUGUUGGUUCUUCAUGGAUCAAUGCUUGCAGCGAACACAUAUAUUGGAAUAUUUUAUAUGAUAGGUACUGUGUGAUAGGUAUAUUAGGUUUGUCAGCCUCCUUUUACAGAAAAAUAAACGAAAAAUAAAAAGCAGUCCUUCAUAAUAUAAUAAAUCAUUGACGGAAAUAAUCGUAAAAGAAGGAAAAAUCAAAAUGUAGCAACAAUUUUGGUUCUCAGAGUUGUUUAUUUCUGAUUUUACUUACCCUAGCAACCGCUACCAGAAUAAACAGUGCCGUCUAGCAACCUGCAUAAAAUACUUGAUUUAAAUUGAUUUCUCCAGUUUAAUUUUAUUAAAUAAAUGUAUAGACAAAAAGCAUGAAGACCGUACGGUAAUGAAUGAAUAAACGAACAGAUUUUUAAUUUUUUGAUUUCUUUCGUUAUAUAUUUUUUUUUGGCUGCCCCGCUAGCUAGAGUUGCAGUGAAACAUCGAGCAUGACGUUAUUUACAGCUAGACAUUAUUUAGAAGAGAUUAAAAAAUGGAGUCACAGGUCUUUGCACUACAUUUUAUGUAAUUAAAACUGGCUAGGUUGUUCAUCAACACAGAAGUUUUAAAAACAUGGAAAAGAAAAUUGAUUCAAUGCACUAAGAAUUGAUUGGUUCUGUUAGUAGUAAAUUUGUCUUGUAAUAUCAUUCUGCCAGACUAUAUAUUUUGUAGCUUUAGCUUGUUUUUCUGUAAUUCUUAAUUUAUCCACAUACUUUAUUUAGGUUACUUUACAAUAUCAUCUGUUAUGCCGUGACUGCUGUAACCUUUCCUCUCCGCCCGCCUCGUCUAGCUUUUGCUAUUUUCGGGCGGAGAUGGCAAAAUGAUGAGUAUUAAAAUAAAGUAUAGUGUGUGAUCUGUGGGUUUAAACUGCAAACAACCAUGCAUUUUGUUAAGGCCCUUUUGAGCUAGGCUGAUUUAAAGUGAACGCGAAAUUCAGUAAAAUAAUACGCGAAACGUACAAAAAAGUCGAGUCUGUAUGAAACAUGAAAUUAGAGCGAGUUCAUGUUAUUGCUAACAAGUGCGUUUAUUUGCCGCUAACUUAUAAGAACAAGAAGUCUCUAAUUCCUUUAAUUUUCGAAUGGAGUCCUGGGAAUAGCAGUAAUUUUAAGAAUUGAUAUGAUUAAGGAAAGAAAAAAUGCGCCAUUCAACAAGAGCCAUUCAAUUAAUAGUUCUUUCUCUUCUAUUGCGAUCCUUUCAAAAAUGUACAUUCGAUCCAUACUUGAAUAAUUCUCAAUAGGAACUUAGUACAGUAAAAACCCGCAUAAAAGCAUACGUCUUUUAGGGGUUCAGGCUGAUUUUGUUCUUAUAUGUCGGGUGUUUUCUGCAAAAUCAGAGUGAAAAUGUUCUUAAGGUGUUCUUAAAAUUGUUUCUAUAAAUUUAAUACUACAUAGACUACUAACAGAUGAAAUCAAUGUGCAAGCACAACAUUUCAAUUAAUUAAUAGAUGGAACUAACCUUAACUGCAUUAAUCAACGCAAUGAUAUAUUGGUUGAGGGGUAGCAGUUCUGGUGAUAAACAACUCGAAUUUCAGCAAAAGUCAAGCAAAUUCAAAAUGCACCAGCUCCCCCUCCCUCUCGAUGUAACUAUUGAGUGUACCCUAGCAGGUUAUUCUAAUCUAACUGCCAGCCAAUUUUUUUAUAUAAGAACAAUUUUCAUUUUUCAUGCUGAAUGUGUUCAUAUGUAUAUGGUACUUUAUGGUACCUAAAAGUAAAUUUUAACUGAAUUUUCUAACAAAUUUGAAGUUUGAUUUUGAGUUUUCACGGCUUAAGCAUUUCAAAAUCUACUUUUUGUUUUGACUUUCCCAAGAACGUUUGAAAAACAUUUUAACUCUUCUUUCCUAGCUACAACUCUCGGUCAGCGUGAAUUGAAGACUGUUCAGUGGUUUUUUGUUUUUUUGUUUUUUCUCGUUUUGAGCCUAAUGACUUUUUUCUCUCUUUCGAGAAUUUCAGAACAACUAAGAGAAAGCAUGCGGCAAAAGCCUGAUUGCCAAGUCUACAUCUGAGCUUUGAAAAAGCACUCUGUAGCAUGAUUCUAUACAAAAACUUGCCGAAGAAAACAGCCGACAUUUUGGGACGCCACCAUUGGUUUCCCGCGCAAUGAAUUCUGAGCAACGAGCGCAUUCUGCACUACCCAGAUCUGGGUUCUGCACUACCCAUAUCAUGCCAAUUCACUAAUGACGUUCUUGUUUUUCAUAAAUUGUUUCAGAAAGGGGCGCGAGAGACGAGUUGAGCCUGAGGGUCAUGGGCCGGUCAUUUUGCGGUAAGUAUAUAUUGAGCUUCAUCGCCCUCCCCCUACAGAGCGGCGGAUACUGUACCAAGCAAAGUUUCCUUUAAUGUCCCGCGUGGAUACACGAAGUUCUUCUUCGAGUGUUGAGAUAUUUUUCAACACGAGAAGAGAAUGUCCAAACGCGGUGCGUGUAAUGUUCUAUUUAUGAUCUUUUGUUAAUAAGUAAAUUGUUGUUGUUAAACACCAAAGAAAUACCAAAGCACCUUUUCUUUUCUUUUUUUUCUUUGUUUGCUUUUUUUUAGCCGCGAAAGGCGCGAUUUAUCAUAUUAACCAUUACAACGGUGACCUUUUUACGUGCAGACUGUCUUGUUUUCGCGCAAAAGCUCAACGACUGAUGCUAUUUCACUCAAGUAAAAUAACACAUUAUUUUACUUGAGUAUUAAAAAUUUAAACUUUACCAUUGCUGUAGUAGUUAUCAUAACCCAAGGUUGAAUUUAGCAACGAUUGGAUUUCUUAAGCUGUCCCUGAAAAAAAGAAAAAGAAAAGAAAAGAAAAUACCUCCCCCAACCUGCCCGACAAUAAAAAAGAACCCUGAUAGCUUAAUAUGUAAGUAUAUAAUUUCUUUUCACUAAUUUUAACAGGAAUGAUCAAAUAGAGCCUGCACCGACAAGAGAUUUGCCGAAGCCACCAAAGUACGUAAGCACCGAGUAUCUAUCAUUAGACAAGUUACAUACAUACAAAAAACUCUAUUUUCCUCGAAUUAAAGAGUAACUUUAAGGAGCUCAUAUUUCCGAGAGAAAAAAAAAUAAACAAUAAAAUCUUACGGAAAGUUAAUUGAAAAUAACACUACGUACAAAAACGUUAACGUCAAUACGUUAGUUGCAAUACACUUAUGACUUAACUAUGCCACUGCUGGGGAGCUCAAGCAAUGUAGUACACCAAAAAGGUCGUCGUGGUUGCUCUACUAGGGAACUUUAACAACGACGACAGCGACGGCAACAAGAACGUCAAAAAGCAAUAGGUAAGAUCAGCAAGACAGCAACUUUGCUUGAACAUUUCUUUGCUGUCACUGCACCACUACGACGUGAAUUUCCCUUAAACUACGUUUUAUGGAGGACGUAAACACAACACUACAAAUUUGUUUUUCUCUCUCUGAACUUGGGUGUGGUCACCUACAUUUGAGAUUUAAUGCGAAUCGGAAUAUUUGCGACAACGUUUGAAAUAAAGCGAAGUCUUACAAGUAGUGACGUUCUCGCUUCGGCGCCUUCGUCGUUGUUAAAGCUCUCUAUGCAUGAGACGCCUUACAACAAUUUCUACAGUCUGCAACAGUAUGACCAUAUCAGUCUGUGCUAUUUUGCGAACAAGAAGUGAACAAGCAGUUAAUAUUUCUUUCUGCUUUAAUAAGACAGACUACAGAGGAGGAAGAUGGCGGUCUCUUAUCUAAUAAUAAUUCAAUAUUUUUUUAUUUUUCAGGAACACUGAAAAUGAGCCAACAACUCCUUCGCCGCCUGCCCGGUUACAGCAAGCGGAGUAUGUAUUAUUACUUAUUCAUUUCGUCACUAAAACAUUUCUCACAAUGCAUAAGAUUCUGUGGCUGUCAGGCCUAGGCCAAACGUCGAACGUUUCAUGAGACAGACCAAACUCUGAUUUGGGUCGACCCAAAUUAAGUUUAGAUCGUCGGUUAGGCGGUCAAACGUCGAACCUAGGCCGCGUCGAACCAAUCAACUGUUUAAGACCAAAAAACAAUUUUAACCUGCCAUGCCAGUAAUACAUUUUCUCUCGAACGAGGCUAAAUAUACAUUAUCAUACAAAAUUUUAAUUUGUCCAUUCAGUUCGUUGCAUGUGAAGAUCAACGUAUGUCCCGGAGACGAUCUUCAGACGCUCUACCCGUCUGAAGCAGACGGAUAGAACGUGUUGGACGAUCCAAACUCAUUCAGACGAACUUAACUGAGCCAUACGUCGAAUUUUUAUAAACAUAACUCACUGAGUUUUCGUUCUUCUCAUGAAAAGUUCGACUUUAGUGGCCUAGGCCUCCGCCAGUUUCAUCAACUAUUUUGGAAUUGUUGGAAUUUAAUCUCCUUUCCAACAAAGAACUAAAACCUUCAAUGAUAAAAUUUAAUGUGGCUGCAUGUAUGAGUCACACUAGCCAGUUUUAAUAUCAGCAGAAAAAACAAUAAUAUCAGUAGAAAUCUUUUUUGUUUGGAAUCCUUCGGAUCGAAUCGCAUUUUUAGGAAAAGGCGACGGGUUAACUUCGGUCUGGGGGAGGGUAACCCCCUCCUGAGUUUUUUUCAAGGUAUUCUGAAAAAAAGACUUAUUGGUGUUGGUGAAAGACGAGUGCACCCCUCCCAACAAAAAUCCUGGAUCCUGGUUAAAGAAAGACUACCCGGUGAAAUCUUCUGUCCUGGUUAAAGAAAUAUUGUGUCCACCUACUUAACACAAUUUUCAUUUAGCUUAUAUAUUAAGAAAUAUAAUAUUAAAGGUAAAAUGCAAAAAAGGGAAAAAGUUUGCAUUUGUCAGCUAUCUCGACUCCUAGCCUGUACAGUUCUGUGUACAACUGCCCCUCUCCCCUCCGAUUUUUCUGAAGGCUGAAGGGAGGGGGUGGCCAUACACAGGCUAGCGACUCCUUGCGACCAACUCUCGUUAGCAACCAUCUAUGCAAAAUACCAAAACUUUUGCCCAGUCAAACUUGCAGUUGGAACCUCUGAUUACGACUACCACUCGUACUGUGCUGCCGGGGUCAUUUCAUGUCAUUUUGGGGGUUAAUUACAGUUUUCUAUCAAUUUUGCUUUUUUUCCUAACCGUCUUGUAAGCGACUAUUUGACGAUGGUAAGUUCCCUGUAUGUGCUGUGCUUCUCAGAUAAUACAAAAAACGCACUUUUAUUUGAGUAUCAAGAAAGUACUAAUUGGGGACACUAUUUUUACGUCUCCAACUGGAGACGGGACCGCCAUUUUACGUGGUCAUCCGAGUCACACGAAGGUCUAGCCUCUUGCGGUACAAAGGGCGUACCUUCAUUUCUCAGUUAUUUUAAGACCCUUAGGAUUGGUCCGGCCCAGGGAAACGAACCCGCGACCUCCCGCUCUGCGCGCAGUCAGGCGCUUUGAUAACACAGAGUUACCGCAUAUCGUAACUUUUCCAAAAGGGGACCUUUCGGGACCUCUUACUCGGAAGAGACUCCAUGUAGUUCGAUUCUCGUAAAUUUAAACCUUCUGUAAGCGACUAAAAUUAAUCUUUAUUAACUAGUAAUAAUCAUUGAUUAUGGAUGCGCGUUCGUCUUAUUCUACGAGCAUGACAUCUGCACGAAAACGAGACAAAAGGAAACGAAAACGAGUCCAAAUGAGUCCAGUUCCCUGCAGCCGAGAUGCUCCUGAUAAAAUUAAUAAGGGCGGCUAAUCGGCAGUCGCCCGUGAUAGCUCGAAAAUUUCUGCCUUUGUACCACAAGAACACUACCCUGGGUACCAGAUAUUUUUUGAGACUUGACCGAAGCCGGAAACCGGGCAUGAAAAGUUUCUGGCACCCAGGGUGCAAGAACACCAGAUUUGGAUGCAUUCUGACGAACGCGACAACUGCAGAAGAAAAUCCUAUUUGCUUUUUCUAUUUCGUUAGCAGCGGGGGAAAGUCAAAACUUGGUGAAGGCUUAGAAGGGAGAAUAAAUACAGUUCCCGAUGAGGAGUUCCGAGAGCGAAAUGGUGCACUAAGAAUUCAACAGGAAAGGGACGAAAAAGGUACUAUGUUUAGUCUGCCAUAAUCACGACCGGCCACUAUGCUCACUUAGGCCCAGGUCAAACACUGUACUGUUUACAUGAGACCUAAGGCUUGGAAACAAACAAUUUAUUUUCUACAGCAACCAAGUUAAUAACCAAAGCAAUAAACUUCCAUCAUGAAGAAAACAGAAAGGCCCACAGAACAGAUGAUUACGAGGUACAGGAGCUUAUUAUCAGGAGAGGACAGACUUUCGAAAUCACUGUGACGUUUAACAGGGAAUACAAUCCACAGGAUGACGUCAUUAUUGUACAGUUUGUCACAGGUAUUUAGACUGAAUUGUUUGAUUCAGUUAAUUUUCAGAAUAACAUAUUAUCCGGCGUCCGUUUGGGUAUUACAUUAUAGGUCGGAAGGAAACGGCAAUAAUCAACAACCCAGGAACUCCAGAAAUAAAAAUUGACUGAUUGAACAAGAUUAAGAUAGCGGAAUAGAGCUUAGGCAGUGCAAAUUCAAAUUGCGUUUUGGGUGAUGUUUUUUCACUGCCGUCCCCAUUAUUAGCGAGAUUAAGAGUCACGUUUACGGCAAACGGCAAACGUCAGAUUCAAGUUGAGAAUUUGUUAGAAUAUAAGUAAGCAGAUAAAAACUGUCCAGAACAAUUCUUAUAGAUAAAACUGGCGUGAAACCACUUAAUUUUGAGUGGAAGUAAUAAACAGUAAACGACAGUUAAGGAGGAAACUUGAUCACGUGGUACAAAUUUACGUUUGCCGUUUGGCGUAAACGUGAAUCUUAAUCUCUCUAUUGUCACUUAAGUUUUCUGAUAUCACUGUUUCAGAAAUGCUUACGUGAUUUAAUAUUGUUUUUAAUGAUAAUAAUAAUAAUAAUAAUCACUGUGAAAAUGAAAUAAUCAGCAUGUCAUGAGCGUGGGACAAAGAAAAAAACUGAAUCCCGGACAGGAUUCGAACCUAUGACUACUAGAAUUUUUAGAAUUAGAAUAUGGUCAUGUACCAGGGAUGUAGUCAUUUUGUAUAAAUGUAGCUUUUUAAUAGGAUUUGUAAGUAGGAUUGGAGGACUUUAUGUAAUGUGCAAGUAAAAAUUUUUUGGGGGGGGAUAAACAAUGAUUAAUUAUUCCUCAAAAUCCUAUUUACACAUCCUGCUAAGUGAUUUAUAAAAAGGAUAGAAAUGAUAAAUUAGAUAUAGAAAACGCCUCCUGAAACAAGAGUUGUACUGAUUUAUUUAAGGGAAUAGGCCCCAAGAAAGCAAGGGAUCAAUCAUGCGCGUGGCAAUCCAAGACGAACUCACACCUACCAAGUGGGGAAUGCAAGUAAAGGAAACCAAGGGAAAUGACGUCAGCCUGUCAAUCAUGUCUGCAUCUAAAGCCAUCAUUGGUCAAUAUGAACUAUUCGUGGAAACAAAAAGCAAAGAUUCAUCUGGAGAAAUAGCAAUGUCUCGCUACCAGGACAAGAAACCGAUUUAUCUUUUGUUCAAUGCAUGGUGUCAAGGUAAAUAGAAGGAUUUUUAAUAGCCCCUAUUUUCGAGUUGGCCCAAGCCUCUGUAGUCUGCUAUACAGCCGUUUUUAGUGUCGUCACGCAACGCUCCUCCCCACUAAGUGGGGAGGAGCGUUGCGUGACGACACUAAAAACAGCUGUGUAGCAGACUACAGCCUCUGUUGCAAAGCAAGAGUAAGUGCAAAGCCAUUGAUAUAAAAAUGAGUUUUCAUUAUCGUGCAAAUAAAACUCGUGUUACGACAGAAAUUCUAUUGAUAUUAUAGACUGCUCCGGGAGAAAUUAAGAUCAAAUAACUAUUACACUAAGACUUUUGAGUAACAAAGUGAAGGUAAAGAAACUUCUGCAAGAUCAAGCAGCUAAUGUAGAAUUCAUAUCGUUAGGAAUUGGCAAGAAAGAGAGGUUUUAAAUUUCUUUCUUGACAACACAGCCUUAAUUCCACUCGAUUUGUCUACAUGAUCGGCUUACAUAUAUGGAUUUAUGUUAUCGCUUAUGUUAUGGCAAAAGAAAAUGAAAGACAUGCACAUGACAGAUAGGUUGUCACUCUUGUACAACAAGUACAGUGGGUUCUUAACUGUUGUUAUAACAUUCUUUUCUCAUCCGGCACUGCAGAAGAUGCAGUUUACAUGGAAAGUGAUGAACAUCGCAAAGAAUACGUGCUGGAGGACUUUGGUUUCAUAUGGAAAGGUGUCAGUACCGAUGUGUCUCCAUCACCUUGGGCAUUUGACCAGGUACUGGUUAACUAAGGUUGUCUACCGACUGACUCGCUACCCAUUCUAUCAUUCUACUUAUAGCACUUUCCCUAAUGCUUACUCGGCUGAUAUCGUACCUAAAAUGUGACCACCUCGCCUCUGUAAACAAGGCACUAGAGCUGUCAGAUCUAAUGCAGGCCCGUAGCAAGCAUAAAAUGACUGAGGGGGCUGAGUAAGUGGCCCACAUUAACCUCCCCCCCCUCCCGCUUCAGUCCCUUGGUUAAAGCAUACUUUUUGGUACAUGUCACAUAACUAACUACAUUUGUCUACAAUACAUUUUGUUUUCCGUUUGUGUUGACUUUGACGAAAUAGAGAAGUUGUUUGGGAUAUCUUUCGCUGAAAAUUUGGCAAACAAUUGCUUUUGGUUUCCUUUCUCCCCAACGAAGUCAUUAGCUACGUCUACAAGGGUCAGAGCAUCUGUUCUGUCCUUGUGAACAUAUAACAUCAUGAGGUGGUUCAGCCUAGAGUCUCCCGUUGUUGAGCGCAAAUGGACUAUCUGAUACGUUAACAAAGACUUGAUCUGGAGGGCUGAGUUGCCUCUUUGUCGUUUCCUGUUUGCCAGCUUUUGUCGUCGAUGGCUCCAAAUCAUUUUCAUUUCCGGAUUGUUUCUUCGACUACACCAGGCUCUGUGUCACUAGUGCAUGGUUUUAUACCCACGAUAAAAGUGUUCCCUGCUUAUUUUCGACUUGUUUGGAUUUUUUUUUCGGCGGCUCUUGCGAAGACAUUAUAAGACUUUCAAUAUAAACGCACAAACACCUAAGUUUUACUCUAGUACGACUCUAGUACAGUAGUAUAUUUUAAACUGGCGGACACUAGGAAACCAAUAAAGAUUAAGAGGUCACGUUCAGGGAUUGUCAUUGAUGCAUUUCCAUCCAUUUUGCUUCUGACUAUUUUGAUGCUUAAUAAGCAGUUAUUUUAAAGCCGUUGGUUGUUUUUGGCAGAGCAAAAAUACGAUUUCGCUCAUUUACACAAUUCCAAAAUAGCACAGAAGAACAACAGUACAUAAUCUUACUAUGAUCGACAAUACUUUGAAAUUUUAGAUUCCAUUGACAAAUUUGCAGCAGUGAUUCAAGUCUGAAAAUUUCUGAGGGGGCUUGAGCCCCCCCUGCCCCUCCCCCUGCUACGGGCCUGUAAUGUCCCGCACAACGUGACUUUUACAGUCUCCUCGAUCCCUUAAAGCUCUUUUCUCUUUUUAAAAUGAUAAACAGCUUGAUCUGAGUAUACUAUAUUUUGUGUGUAUAUUAAGUUACUGAAUAUACGUUUGGGUGGUUUACUAGGCACUAACGAAGUUAGAGUAGCACUCACCGCUUUGUGCGCCUCUUUUCAUACUUCUUUCGUGCGCAUGCUUAGCACUUAAUAGUCUUGCGUACACCCAUUUAACAACUAGAUUGCAUGGGACUGGAUCAACAUGAACUGACUCCACACACACGGUACAGGCAGACUGAGUUAAAGCAAGCAAGUUAACCUGAUUUAUUUUUUCUUAUUCUCAGUUUGAGGACGUCGCUUUAUACUCAGCUCUGUGGCUGCUAGAUAAAGCUAAACUUUUCAGUCACAACAGGACCAGUCCAGUAGAGAUAUCACGAACCAUAUCAGCCAUGGUAAGUUGGUGGUGACAGCUUUUCGGAAAUUUUUUUUUUAUAUAACAGAUACCAUUGCUACGUUCAGGCAAACAGCAAACGGCUGCUUUACCGUUUGCUAUCCGUAAAUAUCGCCGGCUUUUGUAGCUGUAAACUGCGUUUAACGCACUUUCUUCGAUUCUUUUAUAUGCAUGAAUGAAAAAGAGCAUAGCACGAUCCCUAACAUAUCCGACUUAACAAUUUUUUUAAAAAAAUCAGUUUUUACUCCCUUUUUUCAUGAACGUGAAAACUACAGCCUUUACACACUUAAAACGACAAACGUGAAAAUGAUGCACAUCUAUCCUCUGGUCAUCUGUUUUGUUUACAGCUUGUGUUAACUAGGUACCUGAUUUCUCUAAUAUCUUUUAAUAACGCCCGUUUAUAUAUUCGAUUUUUAAUACAUUUUUUUAUACGAUUUUAUGGCGAUUUUGAGAUUAAAAAUCGUUUAUGUGAAUAGAGAGUCUCCAGCUGAACCCACGGCAGAGAUGACCAGAUGACCAAUUUUCCUCAUUUUCCUCGUUGACAAGAACCAAACUGCACAGCAAAAGCCAAGAGACCUAGGAUAGUUUUUCGGCAUUUGUCUCCCAGAAUAUAGCUAAUAAAUAGUGUCUAAGUCCGGUUAGCGUUUUGAAGAAACAACGAAUUCGCAGAACAAAUGGUAAUGAAACCGCCGCAAGUUUUCAUAAGCGGGUUGAAGUUGCUCAUAUUAAACUCGCAUAAGUAAAAAGCCAGCGACAGUUGAACGAAUGCCCACCCCUGUUAACAGUUAUAAAAACGUAUCCGCUUUAUAACUCUUUUUGACUGAUAAUCUGUCUCUUAUUAAUACGCUUUCUUGUCUAGUCCAACUCAAAUAACGCAGAUGGUGGGGUGCUGUCAGGACGUUGGUCCAACAAGUACCCAGAAGGCACUACAAAUCCCUUGGAUUGGACCGGAAGUGGGCCUAUUCUGGAAGAAUUCUGGACAACAAAGAAAACUGUAAAAUAUGGACAAUGUUGGGUGUUCUCCGGUCUUGUCACAACAUGUAAGUUGAUGAAUUAAAAGAAGUAACUAUCCUGCCCGCUUGCAUAAAGAGCUGGCUAGCAUUUACUUUUUGGUUGUCAGGCGACUUUGAUUGAGUUUACAUGACGCGGUUAUAUUCGCGGGAUGUAAGUAGGAUAUUUCCGGUGGGUGACCUACCCAGUUUCUAAGCGCGCCCGACACGACUUAGUGUCAGUGGGAAAUCGUUACUCUUUCAAUCAAAAGUCUCAGUAAAAACUGAAAUUCAGGGUGCUUUUAAAAUACAAUAGGCACUAUCAGCUUUAAUUAUUUUUACCUUCCAAGAGGUUUUUUGCUGUUUUUGUGUCAGACGCCAAAAAGUGAUAAAGAAAAACCCUGAUUCAAGAGCAAUCUUAUGGGGUCUCUCUUACCUCGGAGACUUAGUAAGUCGACUGCCCCUGUGGUUCUUUAAGGUCGCGUUCUCUUUAAUCAGAGGCGGAUCUAGAGGGAGGGUGCAGGGGGGGUCGCACCCCCCCCCCCCAACCCUGACAUGACCUGCGGCUUUCUAAUUCAACUGGUAUUCUGUAUUAAAAUUUGUUUACGUCACCAUGCAGUCAGUUACGCCAUUCCUCACUGGUGCACCUUCUCCUAAGAAACAUCCCGAUCCGCCCUUGUUAAUUACAACUUGGGCAUAACGCUUAAUCUCUGCGGAAAUCAGAUUACAGAAUUUUGUAAUAGCUAUGAUCAAGCCUAUUAUAUUUAAAGUUUUGUUGAUUAUGUAUUGCGUUAUAGUAAUGAGAGCGUUAGGCAUCCCGACCAGAAGCGUUACAAACUUUGACUCAGCCCAUGACACAGAUGCGAGCAUGACAAUUGACUAUCAUUUUAACGGGGAAGGAGAUAUGAUACAUGACAUGAAUGACUCCGUGUGGUAAGUAUAACUGCAGUAGUGCCAAGUAGCAAUUUACAUUAUGCCUGACGAGGUUUCUUCAACCUUAAAAAUUGAAUAAAUUACGUUUGUGAUAACUCGAAGUACUGCCAGUUUUGAUAAAUGGACGCCGUUGCGAUUAGCUGUUAACAGCGAUCCCUCGGAGGAAAUCUGGACAUAGUAAAAAGAAUUGAUCAUUGUAAUAUUUAAAUUUCGGUUUUUUAAAGUUUAUAUUUGUGUUAGAGAUAGAAAAAAGCUUUUAGUUAAUAUGCCGGGAAGUUUGUAUUAUCUUAUUAUCUAUAAAUCUGCUGAUUGUGCCUUACAUUGAAGGAACUUCCACGUGUGGAACGAGUCAUGGUUCAGACGUCCCGAUCUACCUCUUGGUCAUGAUGGAUGGCAAGUCUAUGAUGCCACGCCCCAAGAAACCAGCCAAGGUUGGGCAAGCCUUAUGCUGUAAUGUUUUAUCAAGACCUUUGCUUUUUUGCCAUUGCUGCAGUUAAUUAGCAAUAACAUGCGGCCUUCGUGCUUUAUUUUAUUCCGAACCUAAGUUAGCAGUCCAUAAAGCGCCCGCAAGGCCAGCAAAGAAAAUUUCCGACAGAUCUUACUUGAAAAGACCUCGUUUACGUUCACCCGGGUAUAAUCUUUUUUGUAACGUGUCCAAUUUUUUAGUCCUUACCUCAUUAAAACUUUCCUAUGGCUCUGUUGUUGUAUCCACAGUUUUCCAUACUACUUAUUGACAAUGACUAUCCAUGGUUCACUGAGCCACCAAAAGCCAAAAAUCUGAAGCGUAGUGAUUAAAGAAUAAGGAGCACGAAGUCUAUAAAAAUGACAAUUUUUUGAUACAGAAAUUGAUUGAGUUACCAUAAUAUUUGGUAUAUAAUUUCUCUCUCGUCCAGGUGUUUUCCGUUGUGGACCAGCGUCUGUCAAAGCGGUCAAAAAAGGAGAGGUAUACCUCCCUUACGACACAGGCUUCGUGUUUGCUGAAGUGAAUGGUGAUCGUGUUUACUGGGAUGUUAACACGGAGGACGGUUCUAUGAAACCCACCAACGUGAGCAAGAAAAGUAUUGGCUCUUUCGUUAGCACAAAAGCCGUGGGCAGCAACUCAAGAGAUGACAUAACCCAGGAAUACAAAUAUCCAGAAGGCUAGAACAGUCACUUCGUUUGCUUUCUUUUAUUUAAAGCUUUCUUUCUCUGCUGCUUCCAGGCUCCGAACUGAGAGCAGUGGGCGAAUUCAGGGAUGAGAUCGCCCCGCUCUAGUUAAGAUGCAUGGCCUCCCUUCCCUUAUGGGUCUUUGUUUUAGUCCAAUAUAAAGGGAAUCCCUCUGCACUUCUCCCCUGGUUUCUGCACUAAAUGGUAUAUAAUUUUGUAGUGGUGUAACGAUUAAUCGAAUUCUCGAUUAAUCGCGAUUAUGACCGUUCGGUUCGAUUCACGAUUCUUUGCUUCCACAUUUCGAUUUUGCUUCGAUUUUUGUACACUUUUUCCAGGGUGCCCUCAGUGAGUUAUUAUAUUGUAAAAUCAGAAUCCAGAACUCUUUAAAAUGUGCGUUUUUGAUUGACGAGCAAAGACGAUAGCAGUUCGUGCGCCAUUUUGUGUUGCCUGGUAAAAAUGCUGUCCUUUUAAUCAACCACUCCUUGAGAAUUUCCAAAUAAGGCAAACCAUCUUUUGUCAGGUUCUCAAACAUGACGACGGACCAAGCAAUUAAUUGUGAAUCCUCCUGUCCCUGUUACUAUUCUCAAAUUGAGGCUUUAGGGUUGCACGUUGGUAACAUUACACGUUAUGUUAUAAGAUUAAACAUUAACAUAAUCGAAAUCGAAAGACAAUAAUCGAAAUCGAAUUGAAUCGCAAGGAAUAUGAAUCGUUACACCCCUAUAACUUUGUAGUAUCGUGACUUCAAGGUAGUGUUUAAAGUUAAUAUAUUUAAGAAAUCUAAGAGAAUGUUUUCAGUUCUUAGAUCUCUUUACGUCAAACACUCCAUCCAAAAUCGUCUUAAACCAGGAGCGAGAAACUUCCUGCUACUCAUGUCAGGGCGUUUAUGUCAACCAGUUUAUUUUUAGAACGAUUUGGGCGUGAAUUUGGAAUAUCUUUUAAGUUCCACCAGUCAGCAAACGGCCAACAGGCGUAACAAAAAUUAUUGGUGAACAUUUAAUGACUUUACUAGGUUUUCCCUUUGAUAUCUUACUUUCGAAUGCGCUGAAAGAUACGUUCCAUUUUACCCUUCGAAUGUUCUCAAAGCAGGAGCGUGCGUUUCAUUUUCGCUGGAAAAAGCACUCGAAAUGUAUUUUAAAGUAAACCAAUCCGUGUAAACGCUGUGACAUAGGGCUAGCAGGAGAAUUGCAGGCUCCUGGGUUAUGGGCACCAGGAUUAAAAAGAAAGAAAUGUGAAGGACAGACCUUCGUUUCAGUCGUAGGCCCCUUAUUUAGCAACAAAGCUCAAGAAUUUUUAAAACUUAAUAUUUCUUCGUCUAAUUAUUUCAGGAUCUGACGAAGAGCGAAAAGCUGUGCAUCUUGCAUUUCAGUUCAGUAGUCGUACUGAGCAAGAACUAUACGAUACUAGCGUGGUUGAAGAUGUCCAAUUUCGACUGGAGACUGAGGACCGUAUAGAUCCGGGACAAAGUUUUGAAGUUACAGUUGUGGUCAAAAACAAUUCAGAAGUAACCAGAGAAAUCAAAGUCAACUUGGCAGCUGUCUUAGACUUUUACACUGGAGUUCCUGCUAAAAAAAUGAACACAUACAAGCUCAAAUUUCUUUUAAACUCAAACGCAGGUAAAGCACAAAUAUUAUAUGAAUGGAGAUAAAAUGGAAUUAUGUAUCAACUGAUGGAAUUGUCGGUUCGUCUCGCUUAGAAUCAUAAUGUUAUGAACCGAAGCAAAUUUGUAUGGAGUCUUCAGAAGGGCAAAAAUCUCAGAAAUGCUAGAAAUGUUAGUUUUUGGCAAAUCCUGGCAAAUAGGCCUUUUAGAUGUUGUUCUUUUAGAAUAUCCUGACAAAUCUCAUAAUCUGACCAAUUUAAUUUUUAUGACGUCAUCACUCUAGAACUCUAUUUGCAUUAGCACUGGUAUAAGCAUUGGUAUUAGCGUUAGUGUUAUUGAUAGUGUGAGUGUUUGUUUCAGUAUUAGCAUUAGUAUUUAUUAUCUAUGUUAUUUAUCUAGAGCAAAGGUUGAGUCUCACAAUUGAGCCCAGUGACUACAUCACGCCAAAGGCGACUGUGGGCGAUUCUUAUGUCCAGCUAUAUGUGAAAGGUGUGGUACCUGAAACAGGCCAAUCCUUUGUUGAUCAGAAAAUGGUGGGAUUCACGAAGCAAAAGAUACACAUUGAGGUGAGUUUUUCCUUUAUGUCAUCUUAGCCGUCGCCGUCGUGAUAUCGUAACUGCUCCCUAAUGAGAGGGAAGACGAGAGAAAAACAAUGCAAGACGUCCCGCCCUCCUCCGCCCAAUUUCCCAAUACUCCCCCCCCCCUUAUUUUCUCUUCCUCCGCUAAUCCUUUCGACGCCUGCCACGCACGCUAAUAGGCCUUUUCCACGAUAGCGUCAUUUUAAUCACGUGGCGUCAUUUUAAUUACUAUGACCAGAAUCCUUGAGGGUAUUGCUUUCUUGUACAAAUUAAGGCUUUUGUUAUUUUAACCUCACUGAGACUACCAAAUUUAAAUGUGAAAGGAAAACGAAAUGAAUUCUGGUCUUGGUAGUAAACAUACUUCAUCGUUCAAAUGGCCUGUUUCAUCCAGUUCUCUUAUACGUCCUCUAGUACAAAAAGACAAUUCUAACUCAUAAAAGAUAUUCAUAUUAUUAAAUAUUUCCCAUUGAUUUAUUAUUUCCCCACUCAGCCAUCUGCAAAUAGUGCAAAAGUUGGUGAUGAAGUUGAAUUGACUGGAAUUUUCAAGAAUCCUUUACAAGUGCCCCUUACAAAAGGACACUUUCUUGUACAAGCUACUCGUAUGAAACCACGCACAAUACGUUUCGAUUGCAAGUAAGUAAUGUAAAUGUACGUUCCCGAACGCGCACAAAACACGUGAAUGUUUUAUCGAUUUGGUACCAUGUUGAUACUUCUUCCGGUUUGAAUUCGACCUUCGUGAGAAUUUCUUUUUAAUUCUACAAGUAGCCCCUUUCAUUAUAUGGCUGAACUCGCGCGCGAGUUGGCAUGAUGAAGCUAAUCCUGUGUUCUGAUUGGCUGCCCGAAUGGGCAAGAUGGAUACAUCUUCCAAGCAAUGGAUUUCCAGCGUCGCUUCCGCAAAAAAUUUCUUUUUUUGGCCAUAUAGUAAAAAUCCUGGUGGGGAAGCACUGUAAGCCAUGCUGACAAUCCCUUUUCUGUCGCUGAGUCUUUCUUGGUGCCAUCUCCUUAAUACCCUCUGCCCUGUGUUCGAGUGCCUUUAAUCUUUCACUUCUUACUUCCUGUUGUGCUUGUUUUGUGAGGGAAUCUUCAGGUAACUGAUGUGACUGAGAAACAAUAUAAUAAAUAAGUUGAAAUGAAAAAUCGUAUCGAUCAAAAAAUUCUUUUUUCCUGUGACAGGGGACCAGUCGGAGUAAACGAAGACGCCAGAUUCUCUGCCAAAUUCACCGUAGCAAGGAAAGGAUGUCAUCGCAUUUCCGCUCGUUUUAACUCCACUGAACUAAAGGAUGUUCCUGGGGAUUGUGAGAUACUUGGUUCAGAUUAAGACACUUACUGCUUAUGAUAACGUCGAGUUGACAGCAAAGGCUUGUUUUCAAGCUAUAUAAUCUGCAUAACGGGUAUUUUUGCCCUAAUGUGAACGAGGACCAAGAUCUUAAAUAGACGAUGCAAUAACUGUGAUAUUUCUUUAGCAAAAUCACUCUUUUUCAAACGGGAAUCAUUUCUCCAAGCCGCACAAUUUAUUUUUAAAAAUUUUGGAUUUAAAUCUAGAAAGGUACAGUCGAACCUCCCGGUACGGACACCUCUGUUACGGACAGUUUCCAAUGUCCCGACAAAAUUCUCAUAUAUUUUCUUUAAAAAAAAAACUCUAUAAUGCGGACAACGGACACUAAAUCUCGGCCCCAGAGAGUAAAUUCAUAUAAGCUUAACUUCUUUAUUACGGACACUGCGGUGAUCAGGUGAAUCCGGGAUCCCGAUCAGGUGAAUCCCGUCUGGCUGAUGACGUGACAACUUUUUACUUACAGCAUUGCGUUGUAGCUUGUUUCGUUUUAAAGCAGUGAUUUAUGAAGGACUGUACUGUCUCACUUUGUAGCUGAGAUGUACAAUGUAGUAUGCUACUGAAAGACAGUGUCUUUGUACUGUGAAUUAAAUUUAAAUGCAAUUUAAAGACGAGUGUGAGCCCGGUUUUAGCUACUGAACACUUAAAACUGUAAGUGUAGUCAUAAAAGUGACGUCAUGGUAGUGACCUCUUUCAUCCGGACACCUCUCUAAUAUCAUGCUACAUACGGACACUUUGCUCUGUUCCUUCGGUGUCCGUAUUAGAGAGGUUCGACUGUAAGUGCCUCUUGGUACGCAAGGCUUGAUCUUGUCUCGCGCUCUGCGCGCGAUCAUCACACACCCGCAGAAUUCUGCAGAUCUCGAAGGGUGUGGAGGGGAGGUGGAUAGAGGAUGACACCCUCCUCGAUCUGCAGAAUUCUUCGUAUCCUACUCAGCCUCAUUCAUUAAUUGCUAAUAUCUAAUGUCAACAUAGCAAAGGUAAGAAGUGCCACUUAACU